GACAUUGUUAUACAGGUUCCAAGAGAAGAAAGGCUUGUCAUGUAGAAAAGCUUAAAAUUAAAAGCUGGGAUAAAAAGCAUUGAGAUAGAUUUCCCUUCAGCAAGAAUCAUAGACAUUGAAAAAUGGAACAAUUAUAUAGUAUAUGAUCUCAAACAUGUACUCCAAAUCUUCAGGUUUUACAAUAGAAGGUCUGCACCCUUUCGUUUCAAUGAUCAUCAGGGCAGACAAAGGUCGUAUAAAGAGAUGACCAAUAUCUUACUUAAUGGAGGAAAAAAAAAGCUGGCAAAAUGGGGAAAAAAAAAGGCCAAAUUCAAACCUUCUCUUUGUGUACCUCUCGUUGUGUUUGGUGAUGGGAUGAAGAAUUUGGAUACGGUUAGGAUAAAAGGCCAGAUGUCAGGUGCCACAGCUAUACUUGAGAGAGAAAUCCAGCUUAGAUCAAGAACUACAUUUCGAUUGGUUAUUGUCAGCAUUAACGAGUUUAAAACCUCGGAAGUAUGUAACUUCUGUAAGGAAACAAGCCUAAAGGAAACAAAGCUUCCGAAUGAUAAAUAUACCAAAAGUACUCUAGAUUGCGAAAACUGUUGUAUACUUUAG